AAAUAGAACAAUAUCAACAAAUGAGCUCUUAUUUUGUAAACUCAUUCUGCGGUCGCUAUCCUAAUAGCCCGGACUACCAGUUACAUAAUUAUGGAGAUCAUAGCUCUGUGAACGAGCAAUACAGAGAUUCUGCGACCAUGCAUUCCAGCAGGUACGGCUACGGUUACAAUGGGAUGGAUCUUAGUGUCGGGCGCUCGACCUCCGGUCACUUUGGUUCUAGUGAAAGGGCUCCCAGCUACACAUCUAGUGCAACAGCCGCAUCCGCAGAGCCCAGGUACAAUCAGCCUGCCUCCGCGACUCACUCGCCACCUCCUGACCCUCUACCCUGCUCCUCCGUUGCCAGCUCGCCUCUCGGCGAAACUCACCGCGCUGUUAAAAACUCCAUAGCCAGCCCUAAUACCUCCUCCUCUAGUUCGAGCAGCAGCAGCGCUCUCUUAACCAGGGACGGUGCAGGCAAGCCGCCUGCUCCCCAGGAUGACAACUCGGCGGGCAGCGUCCAGACAAAUUCACAGAACGGCCAAAACGCGAGCGAAACAUCACAGCCCCAGAUAUAUCCCUGGAUGAGAAAGCUGCACAUAAGCCACGACAACCUCGCAGGACCCGAAGGGAAGAGAGCUCGAACAGCCUACACACGCUACCAGACGCUGGAGCUAGAGAAAGAAUUCCACUUCAAUAGGUAUCUGACCCGGAGGAGGAGGAUUGAGAUAGCUCAUGCUCUGUGCCUCUCGGAGAGACAGAUUAAGAUCUGGUUCCAGAACAGGAGAAUGAAAUGGAAAAAAGAUAAUAAACUGAAAAGCAUGAGCAUGGCAGCAGCCGGAGCCGCGUACCGUCCUUAAUUUCUAAGCACUUGAAGAAGUACUGGCAAUAAACCGACGGACUGUUCCAGUCAGAGCGACAGACUUUCCAGAACUCCUGAGCGCUGGGUCAAACACAUCCUUCAGCUCCAGCCUUUUAAUCCUUAAUCCGUUCAACUGGUCUUGCUUGUAUGAUUACAGCUGCUUUCUGUAAAACUUUGUCUUUUAUCGGCUUAGUGUUGACAAAAAAAUGGGGUAAACGUUUUAACUUAUUUACUGUACUAAGGAGCAAAAUAAGCUUGUGUUACUUAAAGUAACAGUAAAAUCCGUUUAGUACAAUUGUUAUGUGUUGCACUCUAAUUAAAAAAAAUAACGAAAAUAAUAAUAUGUGUUGCUAAUAUGUGUUAUGUAUUUGUAUGCUGAAUGUCUAAAUAGCUCCAAGCUGUCAAGGAAAUACUGGUUUCUUAAAAUCGACGUUUUCUUUGUAACCAAUGCUAUCGUUAAUUUAAAAUACUGAAAUACUACCUACCUUGUAUAUCUGUAACUGUAGUGCGUUGUGAACACGUGAGGGAACAAUGAUUCCACAACUUUAUGUCCUUGCUGUGCCUUUGUAUGACUCUUUGCACGAACUUCAGUAAGUUGCUCUUGAAAGCGCAGCGACAGUGAUGUGUGUUUUUGUGAAAAGGUAUUCAGCAUAGUCAUGGCUUGGCUGUCUGAACAGAUCGUGAUCGCUUUUGUAUUUGUUUUUAAGAAUGACUGGAAGUAACAAUAAAAAUAAUAAACUUUCUACAGUU